AUGCGUUCGCUGUCGGCGUCCAUUACUAUGGGUCCGAUACCGGAUCACAUUAAGGUGCCUAUGUUCAUGAACGGACUACGGCACGGCCCAUCUCGUCAGGCCCUUUUUAAAAAGGUGCCAAAGACUAUGGAGGAGGCAAUUGAUAUUGCCAUGGUUGAGGAGCAAUCCUACAACAGUGCCUCGAGGACAGCUUACUAUAAGCCGUCGGCCGAGAAGUCGGAAGCCCCUUCUAUGGAGUUAGGCAAUGCAGAUGUUAUCUGCUACCACUGCGGCUAG